AUGUUCAGUAUCCUCCCACCCCACCCCGCAAAGACUGCACAGGCCCCUGCCUCUGAGAAAUUCAAAUCCCAGGAGGUAAACCUUGAGCUUGGUUGGUGGGACACGCCGACCUCUUCGAGUCCCGUGGGCAUCAAAGCCGCCGUGGAGGACGUUCGAAACACCCUUUUGGCCUUGAGCAACAAAAUAUCAACCACGGCCUUUAGUUACUCGGGGAAUUCCGGUGUUGGUCUCUAUGCUGAACACGGAGUACUUCACUCCGAUGCCGCCACCACCGCGCUACAGCACUUCACUCAAUAUCUGGAGUUGAAGAAGGCUAUUGGUCGAGUGCUCCUUCAGUACUGCGGUGUCAACUCCAAUAAAGCACUGGGUAUCGUGGUCGAUCCGACUGGUGACCUGUCUGCCGUGCAGCGUAUUAUGCGAGAUUGGAAUGAGGCCUUGGAGGACUUUAAUAAGAAGACCUGGGGAUGGGCAGGCUGUGACCCCAUAGGUUCGAUAGAGCUCGGUCAUCAACUCAACGGUUUCUUCGAGCUUGCCGACUGCCCUUGGCUUAACGACCUCUCCAACAACCUUGGUGCUCGUUACACCCCAUUAGCCAUGAGGAUCCCCAUCGCCCGCUUGACCUCAGCGAGGUUGGUGGGUGCGCAGACAACCAGCUCUGGGGAUUUCGAGAUGGUUGGGGUGAAAACCCCGUGGCCGGCCCUUUCAGGGGUUCCCGAGGCGGCAAACUCACCAAAUCAGAACUUUCUUACUUGCGUACUGAACCUUCACGCCGACGCGAAAUCGUUCAUUUCGCACAACGAGCAGGCCGGAAAACAGCUACCAAAGCCUGUUAUCGACUUCUUCGAGCAGGUAGUCACCUACUGCGGUUUCAUGCAACGCCAAACAACGGAUAUUCUCGAUAGGAAUGCUCACUUAGGCCCUGAGCUGGCUUCGAUCAAGCAGACCCUUCAGAACGUCCAACAACAUACCCACAGUACCCAGUCAAGCAUUCGGAACCAGAGCCACCAAUCUUGGGCUUCCGUGGUCAGGAAUGCGCUUCCUCCAGCUCAUACGCUAUCCACUCACGACUCCUCCAGCACCGCCCCGGCCACACCGUCAGAACUCAGCAAGGACCGCGAAGUGAUCGUUAAACUGCGAGAUGCUGGUGCCCAGAAGACCUACCGAAAGAAGUCAUCGGCAGAGAUAAAGGAUAAGGCAGAGAGUGCGAGAAAAAGAGCUGCAGCAACGAUUCCAACGCUCUCCCUGGCGAGCGCCCGAUUCGUUUCCGCCAGACAGCUGCGCUCGGGAGAUCUCAGCCUGGCCCUACAUACUGCCGCGGAGGCCGAGACUGCCAGGAUCUACGAUAAAUGGGCGGAUCUCAUAUCAAGCGGAGCCACCCUGCGACGCCCUACAUGGGGCGUGGUAGUCCAUGGCAUCCCGAUCAAGUCAAUCCAGGACCUGAGCGAUCAGGGCGAACAGGACCGAGUAGCCAGAGAGCUACUCGACGAGAACAGGGAGGUUUGGAAUCAGAAACCUGAUAUCAAGCGCGUAGCCUGGCUUACCCAUCCUUCCAAUCACAAGAACCAGAAAUCCUCCGCCCUCGUUGUCGAAUUCUCUGAUCCGAGACAUGCAAACGAGGCAAUCAUGAAAGGGACUAUUUGGGCUAGCGAUAGCCGGAUGAAUGUUCUAUACGAUAGAAACGCGCGGAUUCGGCGAUGCUUCAAAUGUCAGCAAUAUGGACAUAUAGGAAUCGUUUGUUCGAAUAAAACAACCUGCGGCCUCUGUGCCGAAGGCCACGAGACCCGGUCUUGCGUACAGAGGUCUGCCCCCAGUAGCCAGGGACGCAAAUGCGCUGGAUGCGGCGAAGCGCACGCCGCCUGGUCGAGAGUCUGUACGAGGUACGUAGCGGAGCAGGAGCGGGUGCAAACUGUAACCCAAUAUCGGCAGCCCCUGCACCGCAUCCCGCCCUAUCUACAGGAUUAUCCCUCCGUGGGUAGCGACACGGAGACCUCUGGCCCGCCCAACAGCGAGGGGCGGGCUGCGGGAUCUGGGGGACAGAGAGAAAGAUGGACCCGGUCAACCAGCCGGCCAGCGGAGCGGAAUCGCUCUACAGUAAGAUUUCAAAAAGGAUCUAUACCGCCACACAGCUCGCAGGAGCUUGUCCCUGUGCAGCAAGAAGAGGCCCUGAUAGACCUAAGUCCGGAGAUGGACGUGGACCCUAUCCCGUCCGAGACAGAACCGUCGAUUGCCCAACAAAUCAACAUGAUCAGCGAACCGGAGACGCCCGUACCAAUGACCCCUGCCCCCAGGGGUCGUACCCUGAGCAAGAGGCGCCCCCGCAGCGUCACCUUGCGGGCAACGAGGCGAAGCGCUAGACACCAGGUAACGCAGGAAGCUGCCCCCUUUGCCAUUUUGCCUACUACAGGGGACACCCCUCCAGCGAAGAGGACCCGAAGCAAGCAGCCAACCUACCGAGGACGAUCAAUAUCGACUAGCGAUAUCACUAGCGAUAACGCAGUGACAGCCCUCCCAAAAUCGCCGGAGGCAUCUCUUAUCCCUGCAUCUACCCCCUCAGGGCAUCCGACCACGAUCGUCUUGGCCGAGGACAACACGCUUGCCCGUUCAGACAGGGUGAUGGCCCAGUUCCUCCGGGACCCGGCAGUCCUGGAGGCUGAUAUCAUCUUCAUACAAGAACCAUGGGAUAACCCCUUUCAGGAUUCAACUCAUCAUCCAGCUAAAGCAACACACCAGCUUCUAUACCCGACACGGACGGAUAUAGGGGACGAGCGGGCACGCGUGUGCCUCUUUAUUUCGCGACAAAUCGACCCGAACACCUGGAAACACACACUCCAUUCGAGGGACAUUCAAGAGCUUGAUCUGACCGGUGCUGAUGGCAAGCGGCUUCGCAUCUUCAAUAUAUAUAAUCGACCUGCCGAGGUUGGCACCGGCACCUUAGGCCUGAAGGUGCCUGGAUCUCUGGCUAGAGCCGGGCACUACCACCAGAGACGAAGCCGGAGCGAAGUCCUCGGCUCGCAGGACCUGACUCCUAGGCUCGUUGCCUGUGAGGUCACGGAAAAAAUUCACGCAGACUCCGAUCGGCUACCUAUACGGACCCUUAUUGACAUCCAAACUAAGACUCCGGAGGCGCAGCGGCGCCGCAACUGGAAGGCAUGCAAAGUGAAAGAUCUACAGACUUUUGUAGACCUGAAAUUACACAGCAAGGCCUUUCCACUUGAGAAUAAGCAGCACAUUGAACUCGCAAUGGAAUUCCUUAUUGAAACGGUAAAUCAAGGAAUAGCAACGUCUACCCCGUGGGCACGACCAAGCAAGUGGGCGAACCCGUCUUUCACCCCGGAAUGCCGAGAGAUGACCAAGAUCACUCGUAAAUUCAGGCGUGCAUAUACCGAGACCUGCAUGGCUAUGGGCCCUACCGAUCCCACUACAGGGCUGGCCUGGGACCGCUAUGCGAAGGUCAGAAACCGCAAAGGAAAAGUGCUGGCGAGGGCCCUACGGCAGGGACACCGGACCUGGGUCAGAAAGGCCACCGAGGCAGGCCCCCGAGGCACGUGGCGCGUGGCCAGAUGGGCCAGGAACCGGGACGCCUCCGAGGGACUGGUCCCAACACUGAAAACACCAGAUAACGGCCUCGCAGAAACUGCAGAACAGAAAGUUGAGGCAUUCCGGAAGGCCUUCUUCCCUCACCCACCUCCCACAGACCUUUCCGAUAUCCCUACGACUUCCCUACCUCGGCAACUUGGCUUCCCGGAUCUCGCCGAGCACGAGGUGCUGCGCUGCAUCCGAAAGGCGCCUCCUGACAAGGCCCCCGGGCCCGACGGCAUCCUUAAUAAGGUCUGGCACUGGCUAGGUGAGGCUCCCUCCUUCGUGAAGGCGCUCACGGGUAUCUUUAACGCCUGUAUCCGGCUCGGGCAUAACCCCGGAUACUUUCAGCAAUCUACAACGGUUAUCCUCCGUAAGGCCGCGCCACGGGAUUAUCGAGUCGCUAAAUCCUACCGGCCUAUUGCCCUCUUGAACACACUCGGUAAGAUUCUAGAGGCGGCUAUCGCCACCCGCAUAGCCUAUGCAUUGGAGGAACAUAGCCUACUGCCACGAGGGCACCUAGGGGGACGCAAGGGUAUCUCCGUCGACCAUCUAAUUCAACUACUGAUGGAUGCUAUCUUUGAUGGCUGGGGCCGAGGCCAGAAGGUAAGUAUGCUCCUGCUAGACGUAGCAGGGGCCUUCGACAACGUCUCCCAUACCCGGCUGCUGCACAACCUGAAGAUGGCACGACUAGGGCACUUCGCCGGAUGGCUGGAGUCAUUCCUUUCAGACCGACAGACCCGGCUCCAACUACCUGGCUACUUGAGCGGUAUCAUUUCUACCCCGACGGGGAUCCCCCAGGGGUCCCCUAUCUCCCCGAUCCUUUUCCUUCUCUUCAACACGCCCCUUAUUCGGGCGUUAGGAAUCAAUAAUGUUGAGAGUACGCGCACUCAGCCACUACUUUCGGGCAAAACCCUGGCAUUCGGCUGGAUUGACGAUACCUGUACGAUCGCUCUUUCCGAGUCCUACGCAGCUAAUCAGCGUCUACUGGAGUGGGCACUCAAUAAGGCUGCUGUAUGGUCCUGGCAGCAUUCGUCUAGGUUCGCGCCGGAUAAGUUCGAACUGAUACACUUCCGGAACCCGCUGGACCCCGAUCCCGGGGCCGAAAGGGACACCCCCUGGGACUACACGGAACCAUGGAAGGGAGAGGACCUUACCAACGUUAACUGGGAGGACGAGAGCGCCUGGGAGGUUCCCGUUGAACCCCAGGGGCAUGAUUAA